GAAAGGCAGUCGUCGGCGGUUCUACAUGAAAAAUGUGUACGGUUCCAAGGGGAACGUCGUCGCCGGUGCCAAGGGGGCGGUUCUCGACAUGUGUCUGUUCGAGGUGUUCGGAGCGGGUGCUGCGAACACCCCGUUCUACAACGACCUCCGGCGGCAGGGCAGCUGUGCGGCGGUUGUGAGUCGAGCGGCGCAGCGGGGGAGGGGGGAUCUGGGUUCCGGCGAGGCUACACAUGUGCAGCGGGAGGAUGCCAGAGGCUUGUUUGACGACAGCGAAGAUGAGGCGACACCGCGUCCGCCGUUUUCGGCGUCGAGGGAAAGAGACCAGUCCGUGUUGUCCAUACCUGCGAAACAGCCUGUGUCUGGACCUUCCCCGACAAGGCCUGCCGUCGACGUGGACGCCGGGUACUUCCUGGAGUACAAGGACGGCGUCAGGACAAGGCGGGAGUUUAAGAUUAGCCAGACUCAGAUCGUCGACCUCGGGGAGUGGGAGGAUCUUUACAACCAGCGAUCGUUGGAUUCUGUCCUCGUGGGAACAAUAAAAAAAGCAAUGCAGUAUGCGUUCGAAAAUAAAGAGCAGACGUACGAGUUGCCGACCUUCAAGCUCGCACCACUGGGGCUUCAAAAACCAACUCCCGGGACCAAGGCUCAACGUCUUAAGCCGGAGGAGUGGAAGGAUGAGCUGGCGGGAGAAUACUACUACUACGCGAAGUGCGGGCAACAUAACGCGGCUGCAGCCCGGUCGCUGCUCGGGAGCGAGGUGGCCAAGAAGUACAAUUUCGAGCGGUGGCCGGCGCGAAUGCUUUACUUUUCGGACGACGACUUCGAAGGGUAUUUUCUUGUUAGUUCACAGGACAACAAGAAGGACCUGAAGGCGCCUCCCAGACAGUUGAAGCUGUCUAUGAAAGACAUUCGGUGGCAGUGGAAGCAUGACGGCUGCCCGAGAGCUAUGAUGGGGAACCCUAGCGGGAAACAAGAUCAGGUCCGGGUUUGGCGUAAGUUUUGUACAACGGCGCUCCAUAAGGCGCCUCACAACAGCUUGUGGAUUCUCGCGGAUCAAAAGGAGGAGGAGGCCCUUAAGAAGCAAAAUGUUGCCCUGCGUUCUUAUUUCCCUCUCGCGAUGGCCGGAGAAAAUGUCUGGAAUCUGGCCCUGGAAUUUUUCGAAAAAUGGGAGACGGGUAAAUUGCUAAGCCACGGCGGAGCGAAGUGGAUCGUGAAAAAGAAGAAGGUCAAAAACGUCAAGCCUGGGGUCGCCUACAUCCACAACGACAAGUUGGGCACAACUGAGGUGGUGUACAACGUCCCCGUGGACCCGCCGAAUAAGAAAGGCAAAAAGGAGAAAGAGGAGGGCGAUUGGUUCGUGCAAGUGCCCGACCCGGACGUGCAUUGUUGGAAAGCAAUGGAAUCACUCACGGACAAUGAGAAGUGUCGAGUUCUAAAGAAGGUGCUUGCUUGCGAGGUCGUUUGGGUCCAGGCCGGCUCCCCGUCCUUGGCGAAGUUGGGGAAGCUCAGCGUGCAGGACAUGGUGCAGCUGGUGAAGUGCGACCGCGUGCUGGUCCGGUUGUGGAAUUACUACCAGUUCAAACACGGGAAGAGGCCGGACGCGGAUUGGAUCCAAAGGUACCCUUUCCUGAAAUCGAGGUCUGCAGUGUUCAGGAAGUUCGAAAGUCAGGGAUUGGAUGACGAGUUGUGGGAUAACAGUAGGAAACACGUUUCAGACUUGGCAUUGUUCAAGGACUGCCCGUCGUACAUGGGUUGCGACCAGGACAACUCGAUUGAGGUGACGGAGAAGUUGGCGGGAUACAAGAAGUUGUCCGUCGAGUGGAGAAACAGGGUUCUCUCCGUGUUGAAUGGGAACAGACUGAAGAGCCGAGAGGUCGCACUUGCCAAAGGCAUUGUUCACAUUAAAUGGAAAGACACAGGGGACGUGACAUCCAUCGCGUCGUUCGCUAACGACCCUUUGGAGGCGUACAUGAGGGGCGCAGAGCAGAAGGAAGCAGUGACUGCCACAAAGAGCCACACGUUCGUCCUCGAUCUGUGCGAGCCGAUUGACCUCAAACUGUGGAAGGCCCAAGCGUGGGAGACAUUGGAUUCCUAUCUUCAGACGUGGUGUCCGUCGCAUUGUACUCUCAUUGUUUUCGUGCCGCGGCAGUACAACCUCACAUUUCUCGCCAGCAUGCACCAUCUUUCUUUCGUCAAGCUGUUGGAAGGGAAGUGGGUGAGGAGAGUUCAACAAAAGAAAAGCUUCCCCAUUGGGAACAAUUUGUACACGGAGGAAGGCCGCAUGUACAUCCUCUUCAAGGGUGACGAUCUGCGCGCCAACACGUCCAUGGUCUACGAGGGAAACCUGCCCAGGGGUGCCGUUGCUGCGGGCAGUGUCUACGGGGAUAUGGAACGCAAUCCGACACAAUUCGUCAAUCUACUUGAUUUCCUUGGGAAGAAGGCAGAGGGUGUCGUGUUCCUUGGGGAACCACACGUGCGAAGCGUCUGGGAUCUUCUGAAGGCCGGCCGACACGUUGUCGCGAUGGAAGGGAACGCCGAUCUCUUGCAAUUCACGAUGCAGGCGGUGAAAAGCGAGGUCAAUUCGGGCGGGCACAAUUGUGAGUUCAUGGUCGUGAAGCCUACACGGGAUAAGGUGUGGAGCAACAAGACGGAUAUGUGGUUCAAGUUGAGCGAGAGGAAGAGGAACAAGAUAUACGAUUUCUUGUUCCUUCAAACGCGGCCGAGGAAGGACUCUGACGCCGAGUACGUCCGCCGGAAGCACCACAUGUUCGCGCUGCUCGACAACUACCACUUCGCCUCCCGCAUGAACGCGAAGACAUUUCUCGAUAGGCUGCAGUCGCUGUACUUCGUGGAGUCUGAGGAGCAGUUGAAGUUAGCCAGUUACGCUUCCCUGAUCUCCAUUGAUGACGAGGAAGCCACAGGUGUGGAGUUUGUCGUCAACGUGAAGGAGGAGGAGAACGACAUAGAGAGCAUUGAUCUGCAGUACGACCCACCUCCGGCGGACCACGGCAGAGGGUCGUCAUCGGCCGGUCCGUCACCGAGCGUUGCAGUCCUCGUGUCACCGUCGGCCAAACCGCCGCCGGGCACCACGCCGAUGAAGUUUAUGGAGAGACUCAGAGCUCUGGCUGUCCCCCCGCCCGCCUUGCGUCCCGGGUCCGACAUCCCGCCCGAUCAUCCAUCUUGGCAGGAUGACCACAUCCACUUCCUGCUUGAGCCACAACGUCAUUCGCCUGAGCUGGAAUGGGGCCAUGACAUGGUGUGGCAUCAGGGAGUCAUCCAGCCAGCGAUACGAAAGGGCGAGUGGGUCAUGGCGGUCGCAAUCCCGGGCGCAGGAUGGGCGUUAUUCCCGCACGAGUCGAAGUCCAACUCCCUGCACCUCGCAAGGAUUUCGGUCCUCCAGAAAGUGACGGCCGAGAAUGACACCUUUGCACCCGGCAACCUGUCCCUCAUUUCCACAGCCGGUCGACUGUUCGACGAGCUUCAGGACAAGUGCUGGUUGGAAUUGACGGAGGACUACCACGACCUCGACACAACUUUGCUUGCUCUGGGCAGUCGCUCCGGCGGAAAGUCGAAGUCUGCCGGGAUCCGAACUACGUCCGCUGAGGAGCCCCCAGAGCGGUCCGGAAUGCAAAGCCGCUCGGGGUCGGGGGAGCCAAGCAAGGAUCCUGAAAUUGGCAGCAUUGCGGCGCGAGACGGAAACGUGGGAAAUGUGUCGCCUGAACAGGAGCGACGGCCGCAAGGAUUGCAGCGAGAGGCUGCAGGUACAGGGUCCAGCGACACGGAGACGACGAAGUCUGCCGAGAUCCGAACUUCUUCGGGCGGGGGGUGUCGGCCAGGGAUUGUCGUGCUGUUGAGAGGGGCACCGUGCACGGAGACGGAAGGGCGGUCCGCUUCGUCACCGCCGAAGUCCCUGGUCCUGCUGGACACCCUUGCCGCCGGAGAGGAAGGCGAGGUCGGGGGACGACAACAUGUCACGUCCCCAAAAAAAUCGAGGGUCGGCGGUCAAGCUCUCGACGUGCUCGCUUUGCCCAUGCCAAAUUCCCCAUCGAAGGAGCGGAGAGGGAAACAAACUGGUAAGCCGUGAAGAACGCCACACUGUCUGUCGAUACGGGAAGUUCAGGAUGCC